AUGGAUAUCGAAGAAGAAAGAUUGAAAGGGCAAGCUGAAAUAUGGGAGCAUAUGUUUGCAUUUGUAGAUUCAAUGGCAUUGAAAUGUGCAGUUGAACUUGGAAUACCCGAUAUUAUUAACUCUCAUGGUCGUCCGGCCACAAUGUCUGAGAUCAUUAGCAGUUUAAGAACAACCACAUCAUCGUCAACUCCCAAUGUCGAUUAUCUUACACGUGUAAUGAGAUUAUUGGUGCAUAAGCGUCUAUUUACUUCUCAACUUCACCAAGAAAACAAUCAAAUUGUCUAUGAUUUAACUCGGUCGUCGAAAUGGCUACUCAAAGAUUCUAAGUUUAAUCUGUCACCGUUGGUUUUAUUCGAAACUAGUCCGAAAACACAAAAGCCAUGGCAAUAUUUGGGAAAAUGUGUCCAAGAAAAUGGUUUUCCUUUUGAAAGUGCUCAUGGAUGCAGGAUUUGGGAUCUUGCUUUAGCUGAUACUGAUUUCAAUAAAAAACUGAAUGGCGCGAUGCAAUCUAUGACUAUCCUGAUAAUCAACGAGAUGUUGAUUGAAUACAAAGAUGGAUUUAACGGAAUAAGAUCGGUUGUUGAUGUCGGUGGUGGCACCGGGACAUUGCUAGCUGAGAUAGUUGGGGCUAAUCCACACAUACAAGGUAUCAAUUUUGAUCUACCACAUGUAGUGGCUACAUGCCCUGAUAUCCCAGGGGUUAAGCAUGCUGGCGGAGAUAUGUUCGUUAGUAUUCCAGAAGCUGAUGCUGUCAUCAUGAAGUCGCUUUUGCACGACUGGACUGACGAAGACUGCACAAAAAUCUUGAAAAACUGUUACAAGGCAAUAACAAACAAGAAAAACGGAAAAGUUGUAAUAGUUGAAUUUGUGCUGCGACCAGAAGGAAAUGGCUUAUUUGAUAAGACAGGAUUGAUAUUAGAUAUGGUGAUGUUGGCGCAUACUUAA